AUGUCGACCGCGCCUCCCAAUCUGUUUAGCACAGUGGCAGCCUACAUGGACGCGAUUCUCCCCGCAGACAACGCAAUGAAGGUUUUGCUGGUGGACGAAGCCACCCUUCAUAUAAUCUCCAUGGUGCGCUCGCAGACAUUUUUACUCAGCAGGGGUGUGUUUCUUGUAGCGCGCGUCGAUAACCACUCGCAACGAAAGUGCAUGGGGAACAUGCGCUGUGUUGUGUUUAUCCGACCGCAAGUUCUUAGUGUUAAUGCGGUAUGUGAUGAACUCCGCAAUCCAAAGUAUGAGAGCUAUGCCAUUUACUUCAGUGCAGCAGCUCCAUCAGAGCUACUCGAUUCCUUAGCUUGCGCUGAUGUGAGGGGUGUCGUGAGGUCAGUCUGCGAGGUGUUCUGCGACUUUGUUACACUGAAUGCCGAUGCGUUUGUCACCGCUGCCCCUGUUCCCAAUGUGUUGCUACCUGGAUUUAUGAACUCUGGGUCAUUGAAACGUGUGGCUGAGGGCAUUGCGUCCACCUUUGUGGCUCACCGACGGCGCCCAUACGUGCGUUAUGAUCAGCGGAGUGCUUUCGCUCGGAGCCUGGCAACGGUGCUCAAUGAUGUUCUAGGAGAAAACAUUGAACUGUAUGAUUACAAGAGCAAGGAUACCGUGUUGUUGAUACUGGACCGGAACAGUGAUGCCCUUACGCCUCUCAUUACGCCAUGGACGUACCAAUCCAUGCUCAACGAGCACGUAGGCCUUCAGUACAACCGACUACACUUCUCUGCUGCUACGUCUCAGAACAAUCAGGAACAAAAAGGGAGCGAAGAGGGGGAGGGAGAGUACGUGUUUUCACCAAAUGAUGAUUCCUUUUUUGCCGCGAAUAUGUUUGCAAACUGGGGGGAUCUGUGCCAGAACGUAAAGGAAUUUGUCGACAAAUGCAAAUCAACGAUCAAUAUUGAUCGGAAUACGGCCACAAUGGAUGAAAUAAAGGAUUACGUGCAACGGAUUUCACACACUAAGAGCAUGGCGGGCUCAGUGGAAAAGCACGCUACAGUUGUAACGCACCUUUCAUCAGAGAUUAAGAAGCGUGGACUGCUCGAAACAUCGCUUCUCGAGCAACACAUGAUCGUUGCUAAUGACCCAACGGGGCAUUGGAACCGCCUCCAGGAUUUUGUUUGCCAGCGCAACCGCGGCAGUGGCGACGGUGUGGCGACUGUCACCGACAUCGUCCGCUUAUGCUUGAUUUAUCACCUGAAGUAUGAAAAACCCCACCAACCAUCGCGUGUGACAGAGGUGCUAAGGGGCCUAGGGGCAAACUACGGAGAUCUAUUGCGCAAACUACGCCAGUACAACGGUGACAGGCCGACUGAAGAGCUCUUUGGUGCCACUGGCGUCAUAGCAACAAUAGUUAAAAGCUUUGUUGAUUCGGAGAAUAUUUAUACACAGCACGAGGCAGUGUUGAAACGAACGCUACUGCAACUCUUCAGCGGUCGGCUACCCGUAGAGCAGUAUCCGUAUCUCGGCCCCUCUUCACCUGGGAACGCUGGUGCAUCUUGUUUUCACCAGCCUCAGCAACCGUUCACGUUCAAACCGAAGGAAGUGAUUGUUUUUAUGUGCGGUGGAUAUACUUAUUCCGAGGCGGCGGUAAUUAAUGCUAUUAACACGGGUUCAGCAUAUACCGGCUCAGCCGCAAGUAGUCUUCCACAAGGUCCUGUGCACGCCUGCAUCGGUGGGACUGGAGUCCUUAACAGUGAAACCUUCCUGAGCCUGCUAGCAGCGCACGCAUGA